AGGGCUAGUGGGGUGUGCGCGAGGGGGGCCGAGGCUGCCUGAGAGGGCUGGAGGCGCCAGGUAAGGCAGAGCGGGGCUCGCAUUUCCAAAACCCGAACGCCGACCCACCUACAGGACAGGGGACGCCAGCGUCUGAGCGAGUCGCGCGGGAACAAGCCAGCGCUGGACGCCCAGCACUGCCGUGACAGCGGCCCCUGGUGGCGGCGACAUCAGCUGAGGCGGAGGGACGCGCUGGUGACGGCUAACGGCUCCGCGCGGGCGCUCCGGAGUGACGUCAUCAAAGCGUCGGGGCCCUAACCAUGGCUCACACGGCCGCAGAAUGGCCGCCAGAGGAAACCCUGUCGCUCUGGAAAGGGGAACAAGCCCGGCUGAAGGCGCGCGUGGUGGAUCGGGACACGGAGGCCUGGCAGCGGGACCCCAGCUUCUCGGGCCUGCAGAAGGUCGGGGGCGUGGACGUGUCCUUCGUGAAAGGGGACAGUGUCCGGGCCUGCGCUUCCCUGGUAGUGCUCAGCUACCCAGAACUCAAGGUGGUGUAUGAGAAUAGCCGCAUGGUUGGCCUGAAGGCCCCCUAUGUGUCAGGCUUCCUGGCCUUCCGAGAGGUACCUUUCCUGGUAGAGUUGGUACAGCAGCUGCAAGAGAAGGAACCAGACCUCAUGCCCCAGGUCCUUCUUGUGGAUGGAAACGGGGUGCUUCACCAACGAGGCUUCGGGGUGGCCUGCCACCUUGGUGUCCUUACAGAGCUGCCCUGCAUCGGGGUGGCCAAGAAGCUCCUGCAGGUGGAUGGACUGGAGAACAAUGCCCUGCACAAGGAGAAGAUUGUGCUCCUGCAGACUGGGGGAGACACAUUUCCUCUGAUAGGCAACUCUGGAACUGUCCUGGGAAUGGCCCUGAAGAGCCAUGACCACAGCAGCAAGCCCCUCUACGUCUCUGUGGGCCACAGAAUCAGCCUGGAGGCCGCUGUGCGCCUCACCCACCGCUGCUGCAGGUUCCGGAUCCCAGAACCUAUACGCCAGGCUGACAUCCGCUCUCGAGAGUACAUCCGGAGGACUCUAGGACACACUGGGGGGUCUCCUGCACAGAGAAAGGACCGGAGCCAGAAGGAGCAGAGGCCAAAUGCAUGCCCCACAGGAGGCCCAGGAGCACCUACAGAUCAAGGCAGGCCUCCUGAAUGCUACAGCAGAGGCUCCAGCACAGACCCAAAAGACCCUGAGCCAGGCUUCCAGGAGCAGGAGAGGGACCAGCAGUUGGAAGGAAUGGGGCAUCAUGAAGACUCAGACCUCUGGCCUCCUUCUCCAGCUUCAAUCCAGUCACUACCCUGAGAAGAUCUCUAAGAGCAAUGGGAACCUCAGCCACAGCCACAGGGAGAGCACCACGCCCCAGAGGCAACAGUGGCUGAAAUGCCAGAAGGGUGCAGCAGGCUUGGUCCAGCUUGGGCCAGUGGCUGCCAGUCUCCUCCAUCACUGGCUAGUCAGUGUGGUCACCAUGCCCCAGCAGGACCACAUUCUAGACCAGGAAGCACACACAAGCACCAAGAGUCCAUGAAGGACUUCGGGCCUCCGGUGCCCAGAGGCCCUGCAGUUGGCAGCCUGUGCCAGCACCUGCAGCUCUGCCCAAUACAGACCUGGUUCUGGCUUCACGGCUUUAUCUUCAUGGGUCAUUCUUACUUGACCACGCCAGCCACAGUAGACUGCCAUUCAUAGGGAUAGCCAGGCUGCAGCCCCCAAGGUGCCUGUCCUUAAGCCUGCCUGCUGCUGAGCUUGAGGGACCUGCAGUGGGAAAGCCUCAAUCCUGGAGCAGGCUCAAGAGUGGGCGUUGGGGAGUCAGCUGCACAGAGGGUGCCAGAUGGGAAGCCGGCUGAGGCCCAUGGUGAGAAAGCCCCAGGCUCCUCACUCCUCUUCCUGCCACCCUCUCACCAGAGAGAGCAUCAGAAUCCCCUCCCACUGAGAAGGCGGGUCUGCUGUAGCCCGGUGGCUUCUUGUCUGGGUGGCCUUGAAGGGGCUACUGAGGCAGGCCAGCAGCAUGACUGCAGUACCCUGUCCACCCACACACAUUCUAGGCUCACUAGAGUGGCAGCUGAGCUGGGACACAGAGAUGGCAUGCCUGUGACACAUCUCCUGCCCGCACCCUAGUCCCCAGACUCCCUGGAGGAGAGGUGACAGAUGGUGGGUGAAGCUAGCUGCCAAAUCCUGUGGAUACCCAUGGGGUGUGGUCAGGACGGGCUGAGGGUGAGUGAUAGAGGAAGGACAGAGGGGUGGUUCUCCUAGGAUACCCAGACUCAUUUACACUCAGCUGGGCUGCCAAGUCCCCCUCCUAAGUCAUUCGUAGUGACAGUCAAGACCCCUUGGGGUAGGUCUGCGGCUGCAGCUCAUUCCCACUCCCUGGGGUUUCAAGUUUCAGAUAUAAGAAAGAUACAUAUGUGGUUCUGUCACCCAGUAAAUGAGGUGUGGGGCAGAGGGAGGCAACCUCCCCACCACACACCUAGUGUGUAGGCUAGCCUCCCUGGGCAAGAGCCCCCAAGGCCACCCAGGGUGUCUGAGCAGGAAGGUAGUAAUCCCUGUGGUAUUCACUCCCACACACUGGCCCUCCCUGGUCCCUCACAAACA